GAGAUCGAUUAGCCGGACUGCUAGCUGCUUCUUAAUGCUCGUCAAUCAGCUGCUCCUGCCUUAUUUUCAGCUCGUGGUCUGAGUGAAAAUUAACAAUCAGACGCCGAGAAAGAUCGAUUCUUCAAUAAUCCGGAGGGGAGUUAAAUAUUAGAGGGACAGGAGCUGAUUAGUCCAUAAUCUGGAGCUUCUAACGAUGGCGGACUCCGUGAAACUGUCUAAAAACCUGCUGAGGAUGAAGUUUAUGCAGAGAGGUCUGGAUGAGGAGACGAAGAAGCAGCUUGAAGAAGACGAGAAGAGAAUCAUCAGUGAUGAACACUGGUACCUGGACCUCCCUGAGCUCAAAGCUAAAGAAAACCUGAUCAUUGAGGAGAAGAGUUUUGUGCCCUGUGAGGAUCUUCGGUAUGGUCGUUUCUCCUUUAAAGGAUUUAAUCCAGAAGUGGAGAAGCUGAUGUCCCUGAUGAAUCCAAAAGAUGAAAGCCACAUUAAAGAGGAGGAAGACGUGAGCCGGAUGCAAACUGACGUGACGGACGAAGAAAUGGCUCUAAGGUACGAGAGUUUAGUCGGCAGCAUGAAGAAAAAGUUUGCAAAGAAGCGAGAGCGAGUAGCGAUGGAAGAGGAAGACUUGAACCAAAACGUGAUGGAAACAACCACAAAAAGAACAUUCCUGAAGCCUCAGGACUGAAGGCCAGCUGUGAUGGACUUGAGAUAUUUUUAUGGAAACCACCUUUUUUUUUUUUUUUUUAUUCUACAUCCCGGUCUGGAUUCACGCUAGGCUCUGAGGUUUAAAGCAGAGCAGGAUCCAAUUGCUGAGUGGAUGUUAUACAUCCUGUUUUUUACAUGUAACUUUAAGAUGCUGAUUUCUAAAAAAUGUUUGUACAGUGUGAUGAGACGUUGAUUAAACCGGAUCCGUGGA